AUGGGUGUUACCGGUCUCUGGCCCAUCCUACAGCCCUGCGCACGACCGACUCCCCUCCCGACCCUCAAUCGUAAGCGCCUCGCCGUGGACGCGUCCAUCUGGAUCUACCAAUUUCUCAAAGCUGUCCGCGACAAGGAAGGCAAUGCGCUUCGCAACUCCCACAUCGUGGGGUUCUUUAGGAGGAUAUGCAAGCUGCUGUUCUUUGGGAUCAAGCCAGUGUUUGUAUUCGAUGGCGGAGCGCCGGCUCUGAAGAGGCAGACGAUACAGGGGCGCAAGCGGAGAAGGGAGGGUAGGAGAGAGGAUGCGCUCAGGACGGCAGGGAAGUUGCUUGCUGUGCAGUUGCAGAAGAGGGGUGAAGAAGAGGCCGAGAGGAGGAAGAAGGAACGAGAACGAGCAAAGCAGGGCCUGAGACCCCUUGCUGAGGACCAAGACGCGGUCACAGCGGACCAGCCGCUGGUGUAUGUGGAGGAGAUGGGUAUGGAUGCACAGCAACGGGCUCAAACUCGCAAAUUCAAGAAGACGGAUGCGUAUCAUCUUCCGGAACUGGAUCAUGGCAUCGAAGAUAUGGGCCAGCCUAAUGAUCCUAGGAUUAUGAGCGCCGCAGAACUUGAAGAAUAUGCUAGGCAGUUUCACAAUGGCGAAGAUGUCAACUUAUACGAUUUCAGCAAAAUUGAUUUCAAUGGCGAGUUCUUUAUGAGUUUGCCUGCUGUCGAUCGAUAUAAUAUCUUGAAUGCGGCGCGGUUGAGGAGCAGAUUGCGCAUGGGGUUGAGUAAGGAGCAGCUAGAUGAGAUGUUUCCAGACCGCAUGGCAUUUAGCAGGUUCCAGAUUGACAGGGUUAGGGAAAGAAACGAGUUGACGCAGAGACUAAUGCAUCUGAGUGGGAUGAAUACUGAAAGUGGAAUGAUGGGCGUGGGGAGUGGAAGAAUUGCAGGAGAAAGGGAUAGAGAGUAUGUGCUGGUUAAGAACGAUGGCGUGGAGGGCGGAUGGGCUUUGGGCGUUGUAAGCACGGACAGAUCAGUCGGCGAGAGGAAUAAACCCAUCGACGUUGAGGAAUGGGACAAGAAGCCCCAAGGGGAAGAGGAAGAUGAAGAAUCUGAAGACGAGUUUGAAGAUGUCCCUGUGGAGGGUCUAAAUCGGCUGCCGAAGAUUAAAGGCGACCCACCUAGGCAUUUAACCUACGGUGAUUUUCAAGCACAAGAAGUGGCUGAUCAAAGACGAGAAUUAUAUGCUUCAAGAAAUGCCGCACCUUCGGCGUCACCUAUAGAUCCAACAGAACAAGAUACGUUGUUCGUAGAUGAGCAGGCGGGCGGGCCUUCAACUGCCGCCGGGCGCCAUUUCAACGAAGAGGAAGACGAUCUCAACCGUGCUAUUGCGCUGUCGCUUCAGAAAGACCACGAGUCCGAAGAACUGGAUGAAGAGGAACACCUCAAUAGGGCCAUUGCUCUUUCCUUACAAAAGAACCAUGGCAAUGAAUCAGAAUCGGAUGGGAACGCCGAGUUUGGGGAUACUGCACUGCCAGAAUAUGAGCAAAGAGCUGUCCAAGCCCCUAAGCCACUUACCAGCUCUAGCGGGAGAAUGGUCGCACACAUUGUGAACAACAGAGCCAAUGCAGCUGUUCCAAAACCAAGGGCGGCAAGCAUAAGCAGUGAUAGUGACAUGGAUCUGCAGUCCGCACUGGCGAAAGCCAGAAGGGAGAAAGCCCCAGAACACAAACGACGUCAACCCGCUCCUAUCGCUCCUAACACGAAGAACCCUUUCGAUGGCCCGCUACCGUUUGAACGGAUCGAGUUUAGAACUUCAAUUUUCGGUAAGAGAAAUCAUCAACCGGGGAAGUCGGCUGGCCUGAUUGAAUCUAAUGAUGAGGAUCUCGCGGGUGGUUUUGCUGGUGAGGAGGAGGAGGAAACCUCCAGACCUUUGCCUCCAUGGCUGGCAGGCAAUGGCGAUAUCAGAUCGCAAGUUCAGGAGCAGCAGAAAAUAGAUAAGGAGGUCAAUGCGGAAGACCAAGAGACAGCAGCUGAAGAAGAGCGAGUUUUUAGACGGGAUAAUGCGCCCAUCGAAAUUCAAUCGUCUGACGAUGAUAGUGAUGUGGAAAUAAUUGAUGCAUUUCCCCUAGCUACGACAGUCACCAAUGAGCUGGUGGGGCUUGGAGAGGAUUUACGUACACAUUCGGCGUCAAAUGUCCAGGAAAAUAUACAAUCGUCAGUGAAGCAAGAAUCCGCUCUCGAAGAGAUCAGAGAAGCUGCACAUGAGAAAUCGGAUAAAGAAGUUGUCGAUUGGUCCGAGAGUGACUAUGGAGAUACCUCUAUAAUGCCAACAAAAGCAAUGGAUAUGCCAACCGAUGCUAUCUCAUCAAGAUCGAAAUCUGCGUCACCGGAAUUUGAAGAUGUCGAAGUGCCCCUACUAAACGGAGCGCCCGAAACCCACCCUCUCAUCACAGAAACUAGUCCAAGCCCGCUAUUUGAGGAUGUCGACUUUCCGGACGCAACAACCGCAUCCCCACAGGACGCGGAUUCUAUCUCUCGCCUACCGAUCGAAGACUCUGUGGACCAGCAGCAGGCUGAUCGGAUCGGAGAUGAUGUCGACUUUGAUGAUUUUAGCGACCCAGAUGACGAAGAACUUCUCGCUCAGCUAGCCAUGGAAGCAGAGGAACACGCCCGCUUUGCCAGCACCCUGAACAACAAAUCAGAACGGGAAAACCAAGUUGCCUACGAGGAGGAACUCAAGACGCUACGAAGUCAACAAAAGAAGGACCGGCGAGACGCAGAUGAAGUAUCACUUAUCAUGGUCACUGAAUGUCAAGCCCUACUCCGCCUCUUUGGCAUCCCUUACAUCACAGCUCCCAUGGAAGCCGAAGCACAAUGCGCAGAACUCGUACGCUUAGGGCUCGUCGAUGGUGUAGUGACGGACGACUCAGAUAUCUUCUUAUUCGGCGGAACGCGAGUGUACAAGAACAUGUUCAACAGCAACAAAUUCGUUGAAUGCUACCUGGCAUCAGACAUUGAGAAAGAACUCUCCCUCUCUCGCGACCCGCUCAUCUCCAUUGCCCAACUCCUAGGCUCAGAUUACACAGACGGCCUUCCAGGAGUCGGCCCUGUCACAGCAGUCGAAAUACUCUCCGAGUUCCCGAACCCCAGCACCGGCCUCGAAGAAUUCAAAGCCUGGUGGUCGUCAAUCCAGACCCCUCUGGCGCCACCCCUAUCUACCGAGCGCACUGUCUUUCGCAAGAAAUUCCGUCGCUCUCACGCAACAAAGCUCUUCCUCCCAUCGACUUUCCCCUCGCCCGCUGUUGCAGAAGCAUAUCUGCAUGCCGAUGUUGACUCCACUCCCGAGCCCUUCCAAUGGGGUGUCCCGGAUUUGGACCGUCUGCGUGAUUUCCUAAUGGCGACUGUUGGAUGGACAUCUGAGCGUACGGAUGAAGUUCUCGUCCCUGUGAUAAGGGACAUGAAUCGUAGGGCGGUGGAGGGCACCCAGGCUAAUAUUACGAGGUUUUUUGAAGGUGCUGUAGGUGCCGGUGUGAGGGAGACUACUGGCGGAAAGGAGAAAGGGAGUAAGAGAAUGAAGGAUGCAGUUGAUAGGUUGAAGUCUCGGAAGCAACGCGGUGGGGAGAUUGGAGCGUUGUCCGAGACUGUCGCUGAUAAGGCUACGAAGUGGGUAAAGAAGCAUAGCAAGGAGACAGAGAAGGGAGCUAAGCAGAAAGGGAAUGGGAAAGCGAAAAAAAGGAAUACUGCGCCUGCUACUCUUAAUGAUGAUUCUGUCUCUGAUGCGGAUGUUGAUGAGGAAGAAUUGGAAGCACCGCCCCCGCGCAAAAAGCAGCGGAGGUCGAAAUUUUAA